AUGCCCGGCUUCCGUCGCUGGAGCAAAUCCAAGUUCGAUAAGAACCCCACUGGGACCUUCAAGCUCCUCGCUGCCGUCCUCGUGAUCACCUUCUACCUAAUCAUAAAGGAGUUUGAGGACCCGACUGUCAGAUUCAAUGGCAGCGUCCCCAAGUAUGGCGCGAAAAUACAAUGUGAACAUUGGACGAACGGCACGGGGAGGGCAGAUGAAGAGAAGGCAGACAAGGUGCGCGAGGCCAUGAAAUACACCUUUUGGAAGUACCGCGAGAAUGCUUGGGGUAGCGACGAUAUAUUGCCCGUAUCUGGAGGUAGUUCUUCGUCGCGCAAUGGCUGGGGCGCUUUCAUCGUGGAUUCCGCGACUACGCUGGUGCUGAUGGGCCUCUGGGACGAGCUAGCACUUUCGGUGGAGCAUAUUGUCACAGUUGACUUUACCAAGACCGACGAUCUGGUGGAUCCCUUUGAAACGACUAUCAGAUACCUGGGAGGGUUGGUGUCGCUGGUGGAUCUGUACGAUGCGGGUGUUAUACCGGACAAUGCCGUCUCGAAAGAUGCACGCGACGCCAUACUCCAACAAGCUGUCGCCCUUGCGAAUGCGUUAGGACCGGCUUAUGACACACCGACCGGCAUGCCGUGGCCUCGUGUUGAUUUCGCCCAGUCGAAGGGUAUUGCUGAUCUGCCAAGUGUCUCUUCUCAGUAUGCGAAAUACGAGAAUCCUGUUAUUGGACCUGCCCGCGCUGGCUCCUCUAUCCUUGAGAAUCGCGUGUUGACGCGACUUACCGGCGAUCCAAUAUAUGCUCAGAAUGCGACGCUUGCAUGGGCUCCGUUAGUCUGGUCAAAAUGGUAUCGGAAAUACAAUGGCAUGAUCGAGGCUCCCAUCGAUAUCAUCACCGGUGCACCUGUGGGCCGCCAGAGGCACUGGGAUGGAGGGCACGACUCGUACUACGAGUACCUCAUGAAGAUAACGCUUCUCGCUCCAACGUUCGACCCGUACCUCUCCAGGUACCGGGAGAAAUUCAGCCUGGCUGCGGGCUCGCUACGUAAUCACUACGCUUCGCGCUCUGCCUCUGCUCCGGACCACACCAUGCAGCAUCUCUUCCUUGCUCGUGAUGAUGAUCAAUGGUUCCUCAACAAGCAAAGCCACCUCGCCUGCUUCGCGCCCGGCACCCUUCUCCUAGCCUCUAAAGCCUACGCUCAAGAGAACCUCGGCAUCUUUGCCCUCGCGCUCCUGGAAGGCUGUCGGCAUACGUAUGACUCGACGCCUUCGAAGAUUGGCCCGGAAGCUUGGUCUUGGAUACCCAAAUUCGGCUAUGACGAGCCCAUCUACUCGCCAACCACCCAUCGCGAAAAAGAAGAGUGGCGCGCGAGCGGUUUCUGGAGUACAGACGCCCGGUACAAAGGACGUCCUGAGUAUAUCGAAUCCCUCUUUUACGCUCAUCGUAUUACGGGCGAGGCACGCUUCCGCGAAUGGGCAUGGGAUGCGUUUACGGCGAUGGAGAAGCAUUGCAAGGCGCCAUACGGAUAUGCGCAGCUGGCAGACGUGUACAAAGUGGAACUUGGACAAUGGAGUGGCGAGGGCGAAGGGAGGUGGAUUGAUAUGCAGGAGAGCUUCUGGGCAGCCGAGACGCUGAAGUAUCUCUGGCUUACUUUCAGCGAUGCGAAUAUCGCGAGCUUGGAUCGGUGGGUCUUCAGCACCGAAGGUCAUCCCUUCAGGAUGAUCAGGUAA